CUCCCGACUCUGUUGAGCAAAUGAGAAUGAAAUAAAACAAUGACAGACAGCUGAAAGAUCGAAUUAAUUCUCCUCCAGGGUGGGUCUCGCGCACUGAGAGGUUGCGACCAUGGCCAGAAACGAAAGUGAAGCUCCCGUACGGGCUGAGGGCGAGUUGGGGCUGCGAGCGGGCGCUUCCCUUUUCUUCGGGAUAUCCCUGGAUUCGGAGUUUCCUGGGAAUUCUCCCCUGGUGGUUCUUCAUCCUGGAAGCUUGGAAAAACAAUCUCUAAUCCACAAAAUCCUUAUAAAAGGUUCCCCAAAUUCACCUAAUUCCCACAGUGCCCCAGAAUCCAUGGAUUCUCUCCUUCUCCUCUGCGCCCGCCGAGUUAUCACCCAGCGCCCUCUUCCCACCCUUCCCCCGGUUCUCUAUCCCGUCCUUUUCCAAGCGGCAUUCCUGGAUGGAAGAGUCCUGGUCCUGCAGGAUUUGGUGGCCGCUUGGCCUUUCCCAGAGCUCAACUUUCAGCGGCUCCUGGGACACCUGGAGCUGAGCGUGGAUCAUCCCCGCCUCAAAUGUGUCCAGGCUGUCAUCCAGGGUGUGGUGGUGUAUCUCCAGCGGGAGCUGGAAGAGCCCGGCCGCUAUUCCAGCCUCCGCACUCUGAACGUGAGCAUGCUCCCAGAGUCAGAGUGCGGCCACACUCUUACUCGGAUGAACUUGUGGUGCAGAACUGAUGAUUUGACAAAGGCUUGCGAGGAGGUGUCCAAGCACCUACAGGAAUUCCAGAAGUGCAGAUCCAAGCACCACAAAGGCUGCUCCAGAGCCAACAGGGCCACAUCAGCUCUGCAGUGUCCAGGCGUGGACAUCUACGCCGACCUGUGCGUCAGUAAAUCGUCCUACAGGAUGCUGCGUGAUGCGCUCCAGACCAGAGCCACCGGCCUGCUGCGCCUCAAGUGCUGCAAUUUCCGCACAGAGAACAUUUCGAUAUCCGAGACCGUGUCUUUGUUGAAAUCUCUGGAUCCAUCCUGUCUGCGGGGGGUGGAACUGUGCUUCAACAUUUUUGGAUUGGGCGGGCUCUCGGUGAUCCUGGCACGCCUCUCGCGCUUCCCAAAGCUGCGCAGCCUCAAGCUGGAGCACAACAAUGUGGACGUGCGGAACCUGACGCUGAAAACACUAAUGAGAACCCGCUCUGUGGCCCAGCGGCUGGGAAUGCUGCCCAGCCUCCGGGACCUUAACCUGGCAUUCUCCAGGCUCUCCGGGAAUCUGCACCAGAUCCUCUGCGAACUCCAGUCUCCGUUGGAAAGCUUGGAGUUACCCUUCUGUGGCCUCCUUCCCGCUGACCUCACCUUCCUCUCCCAAAGCAUCCACGCUCCAGCCCUCAAAAGAUUGGAUCUGAGCGCCAACAACAUCUCCCAAGGCCUCCUGGAGCCGCUCCGGCUGCUCCUGGAGGAAGCCUCGGCCUCGCUGCUGUACCUGAAUCUCAAGGAUUAUGUAGACGACUCCCACCUGGCCGUGCUGCUCCCGACACUCCGGCGCUGCUCCCGCCUGCGCUUCCUGGGACUCUACCGCAAUCCCCUGUCCAUGGCCGCACUCAAGGAUCUGCUCCAGAAAACCUUGGAGCUGACGGAUCUCCACAAGGUCGUGUAUCCCAUCCCCACGGAUUGCUACAAGAGAGGGUCACCGGUAUUUCUUUCCGAAUUAACUGCGGAUGAAAAGCUUUUGUCAGCAGCCAGUGAGGAGAUUUCCCAGCUGCUGGUGAAUUCCUCAAGAACCGACCUCAUCUGGACUUGCGUCCUGUAAGCUGCAGAGCUUUCCCCUUGGGAUUUCGGAAAACCUCAAGAUGCAGGAAAUGCUUAGAGCCAGCAUCACGGGAAAGGUCUGCCACCUCCUUACUGAAAUUCGGAUGUUUUUCGGUGUUUUUCUGCCUCAUUCCAGCUUUUUUUUCCUUUCAUUUCAAUGCUUUUUUAUGUGUUUUUUUUAAGUUUUCCGCCUCGUCCUGAUAUUUUCUUGCCCCAUCCCAGAUUUUUCCCUGUUUUUUACCUUUUCUGCCACAUUUUGAGGUUUUUCCUCCCCGUCCAAACAGUUUUUCCUUCAUCCCGAUAUUUUUCCCUGAUCCCAGUAUUUUUCUGCCUCAUCUCAGUAUUUUUCCCCCUUUUCAUUAUUUUUCAAGCCUGUCCCGUGUUUUUUCAGCUGUCUGGGUAUUUUUCUGCCUCAUCCUAGUAUUUUUCCAUCCUAUUUCAUGAUUUUUCCAUCCAAUCCCGCUG